AUGCAAAACGCUUCUGAUGCGGAUCGAGUGGAUCUCAAGACGCUGAACCAGAUGGAUGAUGCUGCAAUAGAGCUGCGCGACUUUGACGGUGGUAACAACGUGCAAAUGGCAUUCGCAAAGACACACGGCGCGAGCGACCAUACGCUGUUUGCGCGCCUCAAGUCCCUGUUUCAACCUACUACAUCGACUGAGGAACUACGACCGACGGCUUGGCUGGAUUGUUUGCGCGGUAUUGCAGCAAUCUUGGUGGUCUUUCAUCAUUGGAAUGGCCAUUUCGUCGAAGUCAAUGCUGCAUACAUGGCAAUCCCCAAUUUUGACUUUGUGUCACCUACUGGGGAGGCGACUCGUCCGCCAUAUUCGGGGUUUUUCCGUCUACCAGGAUUCAAGCUGCUAGUCGGUUCAGGACCAACCAUGGUGUGCAUCUUUUUCAUGGCCAGUGGAUGGGUCUUGACGCAAAGCAGCCUGCGUCACAUUCAAAGUCAAGGACUUCUGCUCGAGUCAGAUGCGGAAAGCAACAAGUCCAAAGAGGACGUUCAGCGAGCAACGGAUGCUCACCAGGCUAAAGUGCUCGUCAAUUUGAGCAGUGCCACUUUUCGUCGCGGCAUUCGACUGUACCUACCAGUGGCGCUUCAUGGAUUCAUCGGCAUGAUCCUCGUCUUGCUCAGAUUACGCAACCACGAUGCCUACUUUCCACAACCGAACGAUGGCAAUGUCCUUUGGCACUUGCUCGAGUGGGCCAGAUCUACGACUUCUUUGCUCAACCCUUUCGCAUAUCGCGUAGAUAUGACAGACCUUGGUCAUCGCUAUGAAUGGGUAUUGUGGACCUUGCCGUUGGAAUUCUACGGAAGUCUCGUAUGUUUCGUCGUCACCCUCAGUCUUGCGCGUACAACCAAUGCCAUCAAACGCCGAAGCUUUAUCGCAUUCAUCUCUAUCUGGGCGCUUCUUGUCAAAUCAUGGUGGGCGAGCAACUUCUUGGCCGGUAUGCUGCUUGCCGAUUUUACGUUGAUGCAUUAUCCUCCCUUCGCGAGCAGCAAACCACAGCGCUCGUCAAGACGCAUGUCCCUGCUCGGCAAACUUGUCUUUGCGUUGGCUUUAUACCUAUCAAGUGCUCCAAUUAGAGUUCAAGACUGGUACACGAAUCCUGGAUACGAAUGGCUCCAUCACAUCCUCUCCGAAGAGAGAGUCCCUCGGUAUACUCAAUCAGCCGGCGCCUUUCUCAUGCUCGUUUGCUUUGCCUACAGUCCUAAAUGGCAAGCACGCCUAACAAGACUUCCUGCCGUACGCUGGGCCGGUCGAUGCAGUUUCAGUCUCUAUCUUUGCCACAUUGAACUCUACGACUGUCUAGGAACCUUUGUCAAGACGUUCCUUGUUGGGAAGUUUGAGGCACCAGAUCGCCCUGUGGGCGCUGGAUUCGAUAUCUCGCUACGAGAGCCUGAUCCAGAUGACUUCCUUCCUGGAUGGCUGAGACUAUCGCUUGGCUGGUUGUGCUUCAUGCUCAUCUUGUGGCCUUGCUUGAUUGUCGUUGCAACGUUACACGCAAAAUACGUCGAUGCGAAUGUAGUGCGUUUCGCAAGAUGGGUAGAGAGACGCUUCAUCAGGCACUCGCUUUAGAUGACAAAAAGCAUAGAGAGGUGGCAAGCAGCGAGGCCAUUGAAUGAACUCAACUUGCUAUGACUAGUGAAAACACUUUGACCAAUGUAUUUGAUGAGCAGGAAGCCUGUUUGGCUGCAUGACCUCUAUCCGUGGGGUAAUAUGAGAUACACGAGCAGGCACGAGGAAAGCGGUAUCUGGCUGACUGAUGCCUCCGCCGCAAGUGACGAUCUAAAUAAACGGGAAGUUCGAAGAGACCGAUGCAGUCUUGGGGUUACGCUGCGUAACAGUGCUGAUGAUGAUAUUUGUCGCAUCACCUGUUGUGGCGGAUUACCUUGUGACGUAGGUACUAAAACAGUUGGAUGAAGUCAAUGCUUGCUUGAUACCAUCAAGAGUAUCAUGGUUGCCAUGAACAACGAUACCAAAAGUGUCAAGGGCCCAAACCCGGUACGCUAAACUGCUCCGUAACAAACCUUCCGUG